CUUUGUGCCUGAAUCUCCUUCCUUGGAAAAUGAUGUCAUUUCAACGAGAAAGCAACCUGCAAAUAGCCACCCGUCUUCACUGUCCUCUCAAACGGAACCUGCCUCCCUGGUUGAUCACCAUGACUUCUCAAAAGACCAAAGGAGCACAAGCUUGGACCGUUCCAGCACUGACAUGGACUCUACUGAUGGGACUGAUUUACCUCCUCUGGGAGACACCUACCCUGAUGAAAAGACCACUGAUUUCUCUUUCAUUCAUCAAACCACUAUUCUGGACUCCAGUGCGCUGAAAACUCGUGUGCAGCUCAGCAAAAAGAGACGGCGUCGGGCUCCUAUUUCCCACUCUCUUAGAAGAAGCAGAGGGCUGGAGUUUGAAAACAGAUUUUCUUUGACGGAAGAACCAGAUAAUACCUGGAUGUUUAAAGAUUCCACAGAAGAGAAGAAAACUAUGCAACAGGAAGAUUCUGAUGAGGAAGACAAGAUACAGCAUACUGUGAGAUCGCCUUCUGUACAAGCUCAGAGACUUCCCGUAUUUCCAGGAAUGGACCACUCUGUUCUCAAGGCCCAACUGCGGAAAAGACAAGAGUCUGAGAGUCCUGGUGAAAUAAGUUCUCCUCAGCUGUUCAAAUCCCCUAAACCACAACUGCAGCUUGGAACUCCUGGUAGCAGACUGCUGCCCUCCAGUGUAGAGAAGGAGGACAGGUCAGAAGAAAAGUCUCCUCAGUGGCUGAAGGAGCUGAAAUCAAAGAAGAGACAGAGCCAUUAUGAGAAUCAGGUUUGAAAAGAGAGUGAUUCUAACUAGAAGAAGAUAAAGAAGUUUAACAGAAGCCUUAACUCAUCUGAACCUAAAAUUCACAUGUCAUGUUGCUGCUGUUUGCUUCCUGCCUCAACUGCUAUGUGCAUGGUGCCUUCCUGUUUUGUGGAGAAAGCUGCUUAAUAUUCAUAGUCAAAUACAAAGCUGUAUCUUUUCAGAUAUGGGAGGAUAGUCACUUUAGACCUGCCUGGAAGAAGAACCAGUGGUUCAUAGUUAGCACUUCAGAAAGUCUUCAAAGAUUGUAAUAUUUGAUCUAGGAGUGCUGUGCACCAGGAAAGUCCCCUCGCUGUUGAACAAAGACUGCAUUUCUAUGUAGAUGUUCAGCAACUCGGAAGUAUGACUUUCGGUAGGCAUGUCAGGUGUAAGGCUUUGUGUUUGUUUAUGAAAAUAACAAUUUUAAUCAAAUUUAUCUUUUUUUUUUGUGAAAAAAUAGUAAGCUCCUAUUUAGAAUGAAGUUUGUGGAAGGUGAGAGUGAAAGAACAAAUCAUGUUUACUGCCAUAUUGAAAAAGGAAACUUGAUUAUUUUUUGUAAAAUGUAUUUUUGAUUGGCUUAUAUUUACAUGUGAUCUGCUGACCUAGCAGAUUAAUAUAAUUUUUAGAUG